AUCGAGCGAGAUAUAUACAUCUCUGCAGCCUUGUGCAUGGAAGCUUAUAAAUAUGGCAUCACUUGAGCAGAUCCAAUUUAUUAUAUUAAAAAAAAAAGAAUCACAGAGAACAGACUGAUCAUGAAUCCGUGGGAAGCUAUGGAGAGGCAGAACCAUGUAGCCGAGCGCGGGCUCGUCCCUGUUAGCGCCGGCGCCGGCGACGGGCAGGUGCAGCACGACCAUGGCGCCGCCGCCAAGAUGGACGGCUUCGUGCGCAGGGAUCAGUCAUGCCGGUAUGCUAGCAGCGACAUCCCAAGUGAUCUUCUCGUCAAGGUGGGCGGCGUCAACUUCCAUGUCCACAAGCACCCGAUGGUCACCCGGAGCGGCCGGCUAGCCCGGCUCGUCGACGAUGCAACGACCCUGCACGGCCCCGACGCCGUCACCGUGCUCGAGCUACCAGACCUGCCGGGCGGCCAUGGCGCGUUCGAGCUGGCCGCCAAGUUCUGCUACGGCGUGGUGGUGGACAUCACGGCCGCCAACGUCGCCGUGCUACGCUGCGCCGCCGAGUACCUGGAGAUGACGGAGGAGAUGGAGGAAGGCAACCUCGCCUUCCGCGCGGAGUCGUUCCUGAGCUACGUUGUGGCGUCGUCAUGGCGAGACUCCGUCGUCGUCCUCCGCGCCUGCGACGAGAGCCUCUCGCCGUGGGCCGACGACCUCCAGCUCGUGCGCCGAUGCAGCGAGUCCGUCGCGGCGAAGGCGUGCACCAGCCCGAGAGCCGUGCGCUGGGCCUACGCCGGUGGCAGGAUGUCGUCGCCCAAGACGCCCAGGGUGGUCGCCGGCGGCACGGCGUCGACGAGCGACGGCGGCGGCCCGCAGGCUGACUGGUGGGUGGACGACGUCUGCGUGCUGAGCAUCGAUCACUUCGUGCGCGUCGUCACCGCCGUCCAGGCUAGAGGCAUGCGGCCCGACCUCAUCGGCGCCGCCAUCACGCGGUAUGCCUCCAAAUGGCUCUCCUCCACUGGCCUCACCAUCAACAAGGAGAACCCCACAUCACGUGGCGGCGGCGGCGGCGUGCUCCAAAUGGUCGUCGCCAGCGAGGGGGAUAACAGUAACACUAACACCCCGACGGAGACGACGGCCAGUGAGCAGCGGAGGAUCGUCGAGAGCCUGAUCAGCAUCCUCCCCCCGCAAAAGGACUGCGUCUCCUGCAGCUUCCUCCUCCGGCUGCUCCGGCUCGCCGUCGUCCUCAAGGCUGCGCCGGCGCUGAUCACGGAGGUGGAGAAGCACGUGGGCAUGCAGCUCGACCAGGCGGCGCUGCCGGACAUCCUGGUCCCCUCGUAUCUCUCCGGCGGCCGCUCCGAAGCCGCCGCCUACGACGUCGACCUCGUGCAGCGACUGGUGGAGCAGUUCGUGGUGCAGGAGCAGUCCGGCGGCCGCGGGAAGGAGAAGCAGCAGGACAGCUCCAAAGCGCUGCGCGUGGCGAGCCUCAUCGACAGCUACCUCGCCGAGGUGUCCAGGGACCGGAACCUCGCCGUGGGCAAGUUCCAGGCCCUAGCCGAGUCGCUGCCGGAGUCGGCACGGGUGUGCCACGACGGGCUGUACCGCGCCGUCGACACGUACCUCAAGGCGCAUCCGGCGGUGACGGAGCACGAGCGGAAGCGGCUGUGCCGGGCGGUGGUGGACUGCGGGAAGCUGUCGCGGGAGGUGCGCACGCACGCGGCGGGGAACGAGCGGCUGCCGCUCCGCGUCGUGGUGCAGGUGCUGCUGUCGGAGCAGGCGAAGAUGGCCGGCGCGCUGGGCAAGGUGGGGAAGAAGGACGACGACGUCGUCGCCGCGCUGAGGCUGGAGGUGGAGAGCGUGAACGCGAAGUACAUGGAGCUGCAGCGCGAGGUGGAGCUCCUGCAAGGGCAGCUGGAGCGCGUGCGGCUGCCGCCGGCGUCCGCGGCGGCGGCGGCGGCGAAGCAACAGAAUGUGUCCGGGUGGAGCAGCGGGUGGAAGAAGCUCGGGAGACUCGGCAGGGUUCAGGUGGAGCCGCCGGUAGUGACGGCGGCAGCCGGCGAGACAGGGAGAAGGGAACCUCGCCGGAGGAGAAACUCCGCCUCGUGAACUGUGUACACAAGUUUUAAGUAAUGGAGUUUUCAGCAUUUUGAAAAAUUUGUGUUGGUGAACAAGCAGUAGUAACACGUGUUUGUGGUGGUAAUAGACGAUAUCAUAUUUAUAUAGAAAAUCUAUAGAAUGGAAGAUAUUUAAAAGUUAUUUCUGAUUUGUA